AUGUCGCCCCAGAUUAGAGACCUGCUGCUGCCGCAGUUGGCUCAGGAUCGCAAGAGCGCCGCCAUGGACGAGGGCGUCUCUCUCGAGCCAUGUGACCUUUCAUACGUCUACUACACCACGAAUUCCUCGUCCUCCGACGUUGCCUCGCCCCUGACUCCCACCUUUUCCAACCGAGGCGUUCCCCUGCGAUACUCCAGCUCAACCUCGUCUCUCGAGUUGCCGCAGAUCCCCCCGCAAGAGGGGUCUGCUUCGCCCGUGGCCCAGCAUGCCACGGCCUCCAAAUCCAGCAUCCGCCAGCUGCCUGAUGUCCAGGAAGAGCCUUUGGAACGAGAGGACGAGUUGGAGCAAGAGGAGGACUCCGACGACGACUUGAGCGACAACCUUGGCAUGUACUGUCUAUUGUGUUUCUUCUUCCCCGGUCCUGUAGGCGACCAGGCAUGCGAACACCUCAAUACCUCCCAAGAGCUGCUGCACGGCGAAAUGGCGGGCGAGCUCGACAUUGACUACGACCUCGGCUUUCUCAGCGACAGCGACUUCUCCGGCGAUUCCCAGUACCCCAAGAAGAAGCGCAUCAUGAGCGGCGAAUCGACCUUUACUGCCAUCACCUCCCGGCUCGGCAACCGCUUCCCCAGCAUCGCGCGAUGGAAGUCUCAGCGAAAGGCAAAUAGCAUCACGGGCCUCAUGACCUCGCCCACCACCGAGCGGAGCAUGGAAAACGUCUUGUCUGGGGCCGCGUCCAGCCGGUCGUCGUCCAUGUCUUCUCCCAACCGCCAGUUCCCCGUGCUGCUGGACGACUCGCCCAUGCCCCCGCCGGCCAUGCCAUUCUACGAGACGUACGAGAGCACCGACAGCCUGGACAUGCACACGGGCGAGUUCAGCCGCGAGGAGCGGUCAGGCAUCGAGCGCGACAGGGCCAUGGCCACGACCCCCUUGCUGCCUCCGCUCAUGACCGACCCGCUCGGAAGGCCUCCGCAGCCUUCUCCCCUCCAGUCGCCCAGCAUUGCGCCGUCGUCGGCCGCCACGGAGGUCCACUCGCCUCGCGUCGUCCCGACUCCCCGGCAGUCUCUCGGCUCCAAGCCGUCCAUGUCGUCUCUCCGCCACGUCUCGGUCAUGACGGAGCUUCCGCUGCCCCUGCCGCCGUCCAUCCUUCAGGACCAGGACGAGUGGUCCGACCGCCUGGGCCACGCCAACUUCACCAUCACGCCCAUGCCUUACGGCGUCGACGAGCUCACGGCCGAGACCGUCACCAAGUUCUGCGACGACUGGGACGCCGCACGGGUCGCUUACACCAAGCACCUGGUCCGCACCGGCGAGCACUACGGCCAGACGAGCAAGACGUACGGCAUGACGGAGGCCAAGUGGGCCGAGAUUGAGCGCAAGUGGAAGGGUUUCUACGCAGACAUUGUGCGCCGCACCCAGCCAAUGACCAGGGCCUCGGUCAUGUCUCGCAGCCGCAGCCGAGGCCGCGGGCGUGGCCGGUCCGAGAGCGCCCACCCGUCCAGCAAGAGCAGCAAGAGCCAGAGCCAGAGCCAGAGCCAGAGCCGCCACGACGACAUCUACGCGGCCAUGCAGUGGCGGGGCAGGAGGGGCUGUUUGCCCAGCGCCGUCCCGCAGAUGCUGGAGGCCCUGGACGCCGAGGGCAAGUUCCCUGGCCGCGGUGACGAAGACAUUGUCGGGCCCAUGCAGCGGGAUGCCUACAUGGUGCGAGCCCGAAGCGAGGAGAAGACACCGCGAUUCUGGAAGAACCUUGCGGAAAAGCUACGCCUCUGA